AUCCCCUCCAGCCGGCCCUGUGCCCCCCCAGGUAUAUAAGCGCUGCGCAGGCCGCCCUGGGUGGCAGAGCAGGGACACUGGGACACGGCUCACCCGGGGCAGCAGGAUGUGGGAGCUGCGCUCCAUCGCCUUCAGCAGGGCCGUGCUGGCCGAGUUCCUGGCCACGCUGCUGUUCGUGCUGCUGGGGCUGGGCUCGGCGCUCAGCUGGCCGGCGGCGCCGGCGCCCGGCGCGCUGCAGGUCGCGCUGGCCUUCGGGCUGGCCAUCGGCACCCUGGUGCAGGCCCUGGGCCACGUCAGCGGCGCCCACAUCAACCCGGCCGUCACCCUGGGCUGCCUGCUGGGCUCGCAGCUCUCCCUGCUCCGGGCCCUGUGCUACGUGGUGGCCCAGCUGCUGGGGGGGGUGGUGGGCGCUGCCAUCCUGCACCAGGUCACCCCGGCCAGCGCGCGGCACGGCCUGGCCGUCAACAAGCUGAACAAUGAGACCACGGCGGGGCAGGCGGUGACGGUGGAGCUGUUCCUCACCUUCCAGCUGGUGCUGUGCGUCUUUGCUUCCACAGACGAGCGCCGGGAGGACAACCUGGGCUCCCCUGCCCUCUCCAUCGGCCUCUCCGUGGCCGUGGGCCACCUCCUCGGGAUCCGUUACACCGGCUGCUCCAUGAACCCCGCCAGGUCCUUCGCUCCCGCCGUCAUCGUCGGAGACUUCAGCGACCACUGGGUGUUCUGGGUGGGCCCCCUGAUCGGGGCAGCGGCAGCUUCCAUCCUCUACAACUACGUGCUGUUCCCGCAGGCCAGGUCCCUGUCGGAGCGCCUGGCCAUCCUGCGGGGCUGCGAGCCCGAGCCGGACUGGAACGAGCGCGAGGCGCGGCGCCGCCAGUCCGUGGAGCUGCACUCGCCCCAGACCCUGCCCAGGGCCAUGUCUGACAAGGUGUAGCCGCCCUCCCCCCGGGCCCGGGCCGGCUGCAAACCUCUGGUGUGGUUUGGGCAUCUCGCCUCUGCCCGCUGUCCCUCGGCUCCUCCCGGGCGCGGAGCUGGCUCCUCUCCGGGGAUGCUGUGCUGGCCCCGCUCACCUCCUGCCCCAGCUCUCCCCACCCCGGGGGCUCUGGUCUGGGGCACAGCCAGGAAAUCCCAACCCUGCAGGAACAAGGGAUCUCCCCAGGAUUCUCCCUUCCAGCCCCCUGGCAGGACUUGGAGCUUGGCUGGGGCUGCUCCCUGAAGAGUGUUCAUUACCCUGGGUGUGGAGGUUGCCACCCCAUGUCUCACUGCUGCUGCACUCUGCUCCCACCUGCGGCCCCUGCUCGGCUCCUGGCUCACACACGGAGCAGGGACAGGAGCAGGGACAGGGACAGGAGCAGAGCCAGGGGCAGGGACAGGACCAGGAGCAGGGACAGGAGCAGGGACAGGGGCAGGAGCAGGGACAUUCACUCUGAGCUGUGGGCAUCACACACAUCAGUGUCAAAGGGACCAAGGUGCCCCUUCCCACCCGCCACGGACACAGAGCUGCUCCCACUGCGGCUUCCCAGGGAAGGUGGGACUGGAAGCGUGGCCACGAGGGGGGAGCACCUGCAAAUUCCCUCUCCUGUGAAACAACAAGCCCAGGUCACAGCCCGACCUCAAACCCACCUGGUUAUGAGGCCUGAGUUGUCCAGGGUUGUCCUUCCUCUCUCUCCCUGCUUUUCUCUUCUUUCCUGCUCCCCUCCGACGCUCAGAUCACCUGAACAGAGGAAGGAUUUCACACCCAACGUGUUUCAGGUGUGAAGGAUCAGAAUCAUGGAAUGGGUUGGAUGGGAAGGAGCCUCCAACCCCACCCAGUUCCACCCCUGCCAUGGCAGGGACACCUCCCACUGUCCCAGGCUGCUCCAAGCCCCAUCCAGGCUCUCCUUGGACACUGCCAGGGAUGUGAAAUCUUUCCCAGGUUCUCUGGGAAUUCCAUUCCAGGGCCUCCCCACCCUCACAGGGAGGAAUUCCUCCCCAUCUCCAUCACUUGCUUCUCACAUCCCCUUCUCAUGGCUGCAUCACUCCAGACCCUCCAAACCCCUCCCAGCCCUUCCCUCUGCCCUGGCAGGACCUGGUCAUGGUCCUCAGCCUGGCCAAGGAAUUUGGGAUGGUCUUUGGGUGAACUUUGCCCUUUCAGCCAUUGAUUUAACCCCAUUUCACUUGCCCUGCCCCAGGUGAAUCCCAGCAGUGUCAGCCCCACCAGGAUUUCCCUGGAAAGGAUUUUACUGGGAAUAUUCAAUGAGGCUGGGCCCAAUUCCCAAGCACAAGGGAUGAUUUAUGGAUCAUUCUGGAACAUUUCCCUCCCCCCACACCACCAAGGGAUGCUCUUCUCUCUGCUGCCAGGCCCCAUCCCCUCCUCCCACCACAUCCACCCUGCCUUCCUCCCCGUGCUCUUCCUCAGCUCUUGGAGUGACAGGGGGGGAGCCCAGCUCUGAUCUGGCCCAGCCCUGUGUUUGUCCACAGCCAGUCCAUGCAAACACCCCAGAGGGCUCUGCCAAGGCAGCACUCCUGGCUUGAUCCACCCAAAAACUGGGGUUCUGCUCCCCUUUGCUCCUCGAUGGUGAAUUUGAGUUUUAGCUCAGAAGAGGCUUCUCAAAAACUCCCUCUGUUCUCAGCAAUGGCAAUAAAAUCAUGUUUUAAAUCAA